AUUUUAAAGUUUUAUAACAGGUUGUGUCUUGUUUCAGCACAGAAUUCACAUGCAUCACUGAGGGAAAAAUAAUAACAUUAAAAUUCCAAGCACUUGGCCUGAAUGGACGUAACAAGUUUUUAUUGAUAUUUUAUUGAUAUUGGGACGGGAAACCACACAGCAUGAAGGUGUGGAGACGUUCUCCUCCGUUCAAUCGAUGCCAAAGUGUUCCACACCAGUAUGCCCCAUGCAGACUUUGGAGAUUAGGAUUUAUAACAUCACUCCCUCAGAGACAAAUCGAUAAGGGGGACACGUUACCGUCCAGGAAAAGGACGUCUCACUCCUUUCAGCUAAUGUUAAAAUUAAAUCGAAAGGAAGCGUAUCACUGCAGUAAAAUAAUUUAAUCAAUGAAACUCUAUUAAAGCAGGAAUGAAACUAAACACCAACCACGAAUGAUCUGGCAUCUGCAGUUCUUUGUGUCUACAAUAACAGUGAACAUCUUACUGGAUCUCCUCCAUUGUCAGAGUGAAGUUAAACGCAAAUUGGAGGAAUAGCAUUUCACGUUUCGCUUGGGCAGCAUACAGCCCAGUGAUAUGAAAAUUGAUAUCUCUAACUUCAGGUAGCCCCCGGCAUUCCCUCUCUCUCUAUCCCUCCCCCACCCAAGUCGCACUACCAGAUUCUCAUUUUCACCCAACAAACAGCUGACAAUGGCCUGUUUCCUUUAUAUCGUUACUUUUUUGCAUAUCUUUCAUUCAUUGUUCUUAAUCUCUCCACAUAACCGUCUACAUCUCUCGUUUCCCCUAUUCCCUUAUUCUUAUCCAGGCUGAAGAAAUGUCUCGACCCGAAACGUCACCGGUUCCUCUCCAGAGAUGCUGCCUGUCCCGCUGAGUUACUCCAGCUUUUUGUGUCUAUCUUCGGUUUGAAGCAGCAUCUGCUGUUCAUUCUUACACUUUACUUUAAAUAGAUUGCAUCAGAAACUGCAAACCUAUGCAUGUUUUACGAUAGGGUUUUUGGCAUAAAGUAUUAACAAAGAGGUAACGUGGUUUGGGUUUGCAGCGCUGGUGAGACCUGUGUGAGUCAGGCAUGGGCGUCACGAUUUCCUCUCCUCUCCUCUCCCCUCCCCGCAACAGUGCAGUGCAAGCGCUCGCCAUGAAUGGGCUUUCCCAGGGCUGCGCCGAUUGGAGCGGGCGGCCGAGGAAGUGACGCGGCGAUGAGUGUAGCGGGGGAUUGAGGUCGUAUAUGCUAAGAUAUAUGUGGGUGUUAGGGCGAGGAUGGGAGCGGCGGUGAGGCUCUGCUGCAGUUCACACGCAGCUUUCUGCGCUCUCGAAGGGAAGCAACCUUCGCGUUAACCCGGGGAAGACGACGACGAGGCUGAGGAGAAGAAGGGGGAGCGUUUCCAUUUGCAUUAUUUCCUCUGCUCUCUGUUUCCCACCCGGUGCAUCUGCAGCUCACGCCGGGACUGCGCGAGGACCAGAGAGAGGGGCGCGAGCGCCGGGACCGCGAGGCGCGGGCACUGGGGGAGGGAGGCGCGAGCAGAGAUCGCCGGGCGACGGACGGUUGGCGGCCGAGCGCGAGCGCGAGCGGCUUCCAUGGGCUGCGAGAAGGUGGCGGCCCCUCGCCGCUGAGAGCGCCGCCACCGCCACCGCCACCACCCACCCCAUCCCAUCCCUCUCUCCCUCUCUCAAUGCCGCACAGGAGGAGAUAGCGGCGGCGAAGAACAACGGUUGUUUUAAAAAUCGCCCACAUGCUCUGGAAUAAGAGGAUCUGGGGAAAGCAGAGAGUGUUGAAGUUUUCUCAAUCAGUGUGCGGCUGUGUGUCGGGGGGAAGAUGGCGGACUGGAGGUGAUCGCAGAGGGCCGGGCUCGCAGUUAUCCUCUUCUCCCGGUGCUGCUGGGCGACGAGCCUUCUGCCGUCGGACACAUGCAGGCCAAAAAGCGUUACCUUCUGCUUGCAGCCGGCGCCUGUGUGCUGUUACUCGGCUACCUGGCUGGGAGGCGUUUCGGGCAGCUGCCCCCGAGUAGGACGCAGAGCCGGCGUGGGGCGACGGAGCCGGACUCGCUGGCGGUCCGCGGCGGCUGGCGGGAGAGGGCCGACCCGCUGCAGACCUUCUGGGUGGGCGGCGAGCAGCAGGAGAACAGGGAAUACGCGCAGCGCGGCUCACCCCCCCAGCAGAAGAGGGAGAUCAGCAGAAGCGUGUACAAGGGCAAAAAAUGCCGCAUGCUCUCCUGCUUCGACUUCUCCCAGUGCCACAGGAACGGUUUCAAGGUCUACAUCUACCCGCAACAGAAAGGAGAAAAGAUGUCCGAAAGUUAUCAGAACAUAUUGGCAGCCAUCGAGAGCUCCAAGUUUUACACUUCGGACCCGAGGCAGGCUUGUCUAUUCGUUCUCAGUUUAGACACCUUAGACCGGGAUCAGCUUUCGCCUCAGUACGUGCACAACCUGAAAAGCAAAGUUCAGAGUCUGCACUUGUGGAACAAUGGCAGGAACCAUUUGAUUUUUAAUCUUUAUUCCGGAACCUGGCCCGAUUACACCGAGGACUUGGGCUUUGACAUCGGCCAGGCAAUGUUAGCCAAAGCCAGCAUCAGCACUGACAAUUUCAGGAGUAAUUUUGAUGUUUCUAUACCGCUGUUUUCGAAAGAUCACCCAAGGACUGGAGGAGAGAAGGGUUACAUGCUUUUCAAGAAUAUCCCUCCCCUGACAAAGUACCUGCUAGUAUUUAAAGGGAAAAGGUAUUUGACUGGGAUAGGCUCUGACACCAGGAAUGCCUUGCACCAUGUCCAUAAUGCUGAAGACAUUAUCCUCUUAACCACUUGUAAACAUGGAAAAGACUGGCAGAAACAUAAGGACGCCCGUUGUGACCAGGACAACGAUGAGUAUGAAAGGUAUGAUUAUCGUGAACUAUUGCACAAUUCCACCUUCUGUUUGGUUCCCAGGGGUCGUAGACUGGGAUCUUUCCGAUUUCUGGAGGCUUUGCAGGCUGCAUGUAUUCCAGUGAUGUUAAGUAAUGGCUGGGAACUACCAUUUUCAGAAGUUAUUGACUGGAAUCAAGCUGUUGUCAUUGGAGAUGAAAGGUUGCUGCUGCAGAUUCCUUCUACUGUAAGAUCUAUUAAUCAGAACAAAAUCUUAGCACUUAGGCAGCAGACACAGUUCCUAUGGGAUGCUUAUUUUUCUUCAGUCGAGAGGAUAGUGUUGACCACAUUAGAAAUAAUUCAAGACAGAGUUUUUAACCAUAUGUCUCGCAAUGGCUUAAUGUGGAAUAAACCUCCAGGGGCAUUAUUCAGUCAGCCACAGUAUUCAGCACAUUUAGGAGAUUUUCCUUUUUAUUAUUCUUAUCUAGGUACAUCGCCUUCAACCAAGUUUACUGCCGUUAUCCAUGCAGUGACUCCGCUGGUUUCGCAGUCACAGCCAAUAUUAAAACUUCUGCUGGCAGUAGCUAAGAGUCAAUAUUGUGCACAGGUUAUUGUGUUAUGGAACUGUGACAAACCUUUACCAGCCAAACACCGUUGGCCCUCCACUGCUGUACCUGUACUGGUAAUUGAAGGAGAAAAUAAAGUUAUGAGCAGCCGUUUUCUUCCAUAUGAUGCAAUUCAUACACAUGCAGUUCUUAGCCUUGAUGAAGAUACUGUUCUUUCCACUACGGAGGUAGAUUUUGCCUUCACUGUGUGGCAAAGUUUCCCUGAGAGAAUUGUGGGAUACCCAGCUCGCAGUCAUUUCUGGGACAACACAAAGGAAAGAUGGGGUUACACAUCUAAAUGGACGAAUGAUUACUCCAUGGUCUUAACAGGUGCUGCAAUCUAUCACAGGUACUAUCAUUAUCUGUACACUCAUUACUUGCCUGCCAGUUUAAAGAACAUGGUGGACCAAAUGGCCAACUGUGAAGAUAUUCUGAUGAACUUCUUGGUGUCAGCAGUCUCCAAGCUGCCACCUAUUAAAGUAACUCAGAAAAAGCAGUACAAAGAGACAAUGAUGCAGCAGUCGUCCAGAACUUCCAGAUGGGCUGAUCCUGACCACUUUGCUCAACGGCAAACAUGCAUGAAUACUUUUGCAAGUUGGUUUGGAUUUAUGCCUUUGACCCACUCCCAGAUGAGACUAGACCCAGUUCUCUUCAAAGAUCAGGUGUCCAUAUUGCGAAAAAAGUAUCGGGAAAUUGAGCGACUCUAAGAAGCACAAAGCCAUUUCUUGUUGGACUGUGUUGGGAUUAAAGCCAUCCUCGGCUCAACAGGUAGCAAUCUGCACAAGGUAACUCUUGACUGUUGCCCUUCGAUGAAUCUGACGUACUCUUCCGACCCACAGAUAACUGUUAGCUUAUUGACUAAGUAUGAUCUGUGCAACAAAUAGAAUAUAACUUUAUCAUUUUAUCAAUCGGAGAGAUGGGAUUGAUAUCCUAUUAUGAGGAGUAUAUAUCAAAAGAAUCAUGAACAUAUAGUGAAGAUCAAUGAUUUUUUUUCAUCAGCACUGUGAAAAUCAAAGUGAAACACAAAUACUAUUCAAUUGUUCGGAAUAGUGUCUUAAAUUUUGGCCUGGACAUAAGGCCAACUAAAUACCACUUAAGCCAAGUAUGUAUUAGGAAAAGCAAACAAUGUUUGGAAUGAGUGGCCAUCAGGCUUGUAUAGGAAUGGACAACAGGGCAUUCAUGACUAAUGAGCAUGUAAUUGGGUUUCACCAAUAAUGACUGCCAUGUUAACUAUUAGCAUGCAAAAAAAAUUAUUUCAAAAAUUAUGCAUAUACACUAUCCACUACAGGAUACCCUUUACUGGUAUGUAGGAGAUCGGAGUUCCUCAGCAGUUCAGGGUGAUCUGCCACACAAAUACGGAUUGCUGGUUGAAAUGUGUGCAAAUGCCUGCAUGUUAACAUGCCUUACAGGUGAUGUGCUGUAUGGCUUUUAUAAGGUCAAUAGGCUGACCUCUGGAAUUAAAACAUUGGCUUUGCGUAUUUUAAAAUGAAUGGCACAUAUGGUGCUCAAGCAAGGGAUACCCCCUUGUUUCUAUAUAAAGUUCUAUUUUUUAAAUGGCAAGGCUAUGUUAGCCUUUGCUCACAGGUACUUGAAUGUCUGAAGACUUGAAGGAGUGUUGAGCGUGUGGCCUUUUAAUCACUUUAUUUUGGUUAAUAAUGGUUCAACCUAGUUUUUAUAUAUGUAAAUCACUUAUUUUAAAUAGAAAUUCCAGUUCAUCUUGUGUGCUGAAUCUCCGAUCAACAUUGUCACUUCAUAAUUAAAGGUGUGAAAAUGGGCCUUGUUACAAUGUACGUAAUCUUGUAUAUUUAUUUUGACAAUUGUGUAUAGUGUACGGUUACAAACUGACAAAGCAAUGUGGGAAUAAUUAGAUGGAUAACUGUAAAGCAAAACAAAAAUAUUUUGUAUAAGAUGUACAUUUGAGGUUUUCUAACAUUUCCAAUGUUUUCGUAGUGUAUCAUUGCUUUAUAUAUUAAAAAAAAAAAUUCCCAACUGGUUGGAAUGACAUGACUACACAUUAAUGGGAUUAAACCUACAAAGGAGUGGAAAGAAUACAAAGCCAUAUAUGUGAUUUACUGAAUUAGUUUGCAUAACAUGGUAGCUCCAUCAAAGAUAGCCGUUGUAUAGAUAGUAUCGCCAAAGACUUGUCUAUUUGUUGUGCAGGUGCUUUCAUUAAUUUAAUUGUAUUUUUAGAGCCAUUUGUAAGUAUGUUUGUACCAUUGAGCAUAUCUUAGAAUGGAUUUUUGUUUUGUCACUACAUUUCUGCUGCUUCCGUUUGUUUUUUUUAUACCUUGGGAGCAUUUGCACACUUCUUACUAGCUGCCAUUCUUUGUCUAAAUUUACCAUUGUACACUGGUGUAAUGUCACAACUGUUACUGGUUCUGGUGAGAAUUCACAUGCUGAACUGCUGUAAUCCACAUUUGUAAUUUUAUUUUCCCGACGUGAUCUCCUCGUCAGUUGAUCCAUGGAAUUACUGUGCAGUCUUUUUUUAAACUUUUGGGACUGAUUUAGAAGCGAGGUGCUAGCUAAAGGGGUUACUGCAAUAAAAUUUAUAAACAGAGCAGAGUUUAAAGUUGCUAAAGAAAAGCUUAGUCAAAAAUUGAGGGAAAAUAAAUCUGCUUUAGAUGUUGAGCCCCAGGAUCAAUGUACUUGUUACCUUUUAACUAUCAAAGUUUUUAAAUUAUUUACUGUGCAUUUUCUCCAAAUUUUCAAUUACGAGUGACUGCGGUAUAAAGUCAUACGCAUUUGAAGAAAUUCCAGAAAAUUAAUCAUUUUUAAAACUAGUGCUGAAACUAAUUUUUAUUUGAAAGCAGUAGAUUAAAUGACUCAAAUCUUAAACUUAGGUUUAGAAUGUUAUGCUACUGCGUUUAAGGAGUGAAUGUUCAUCAGCAUACCUGUUAAAGUGGGUUGAUGUUGCUAUGACUAAGUUUUGAAUAAAUUCUUUGUGAAAAAAUAUUCAAAUAUUAAAACAAAAUACUUGCAUUUACGUAGGGUUUACUCAUCACUUUGUGGAUAUCCUACAGUGCUUUUAAAGUACUUUUGAAAUAUAAUCAAUUUGCACACAUCAAGCUUUCAAAAACAGCUUUGUGUUAAUCACCAGAUAAACUGUUUUUGUAAUUAGGAGUGAGGAAAAAAUAAGUGCCGUGGAUUUUUUAAUAUCAGCACGGACUUGUAGGGCCGAGAUGGCCUGUUUCCGUGCUGUAAUUGUUAUAUGGUUGUUAUAUGGUUAUAUCCACCCCACCUUUUAAAUGUUAAAAUAUGAACAAAUAAAUGACUUCCUCCAGUCAUUGUAGAAGGAUUAAAUUUUAAGCUCUGGUGGUGGGCUGUGGAUUUAAAAAAAAAUGAUUGCUUAAAUUUGCUCUGAACUGCAGGCAAACGUUCAGUCUUGAACCUGAAUCAUUAAAGAAUGUGCACAGAAAGCUGAAAUUGUAUCUCUCUCUGAAGCCGCUCCAGUUACACAAAAGAUAUUUGAAAUUUACAUAGGACAGACAGAAAACAUUUCUGUAAACCUUGGGUCCACUCCUGUCCUGUUUUCACAUCUAACCUUGAGACAGAAUAGGAUGUAUCAGGGAGAUUCAGAAUGUUAUGUUUCUCUUCCCUAAGAUGCCGCAUUUGCUUUGGGAGCACUGGGAUCAUGAUUAAGUGAUGUAUUGACAUUCCUGGAUAGUUCUCCAUACAGUCUCAAGGGUACAGGCUCUAAAACUGCAUUUUUAUUUGUUUAUUACUUUUGCCUCUUGAUGAGUUUGCACCACACUUGACCUAUUCCAUUAUCCCUGGAAACCCAUCAUGCCCAAUGUUUCCAGCUCUGUAAUUAGUAUUGUGUUGGUUCAUUUCAUAUACAUAAAUGAUUUUUUUUUAACUUAGAUAAAUGGAAAUUUUGUAAGAUUUUUUUUGUUAAAAAUAAAUGAUAUUUGAUAAUA